GGGAUUCGUUAGUGACUGGCAGCUGCCCGGCCGAGCUGUCGCCAGGGGGACUCCACAGGAGGAGCAGGGCCCUAAUCGUGACAGGUUGAAAGAGUGAAGACUUCCAUAAGACAUGGAUAGAUGCAAACAUGUAGGGCGGUUGCGGCUAGCCCAGGACCACUCCAUCCUGAACCCACAGAAGUGGUGCUGCCGGGAGUGCGCCACCACCGAGUCCGUGUGGGCUUGUCUCAAGUGCUCGCACGUGGCCUGCGGCCGCUACAUCGAAGAUCACGCCCUCAAACACUUCGAAAAGACUGGACACCCGCUAGCCAUGGAGGUCCGGGAUCUCUACGUGUUCUGCUACCUGUGCAAGGACUACGUGCUCAACGACAACCCGGAAGGGGACCUCAAGCUGCUGAGAAGCUCCCUCUUGGCGGUCAGGGGCCAGACGCAGGACCCGCCGCUGAGACGCGGGCGGACGCUGCGGUCCAUGGCCUCGGGCGAGGACGCCGUCCCGCCGCAGCGCGCUCCUCAGGGACAGCCGCAGAUGCUCACGGCUCUGUGGUAUCGGCGCCAGCGCCUGCUGGCCCGGACGCUGCGGCUCUGGUUCGAGAAGACCUCGCGAGGCCAGGCCAAGCUGGAGCAGCGGCGGCGGCAGGAGGCGCUGGAACGCAAGAAUGAGGCAGCGCGGCAGCGGCGGCGCGAGGUGAAGCGGCGGUUGCUGGAGGAGCUGGCCAGUUCCCCUCCGCGCAAGAGCGCGCGCCUGCUGCUGCACGCGCCCCGCGCCGCCGCGCCGCGCGCGCCCGCUGGGCCCCGCCCCGCGCCGCGCCGCGCGCCCGCCAUGGCGCCGGGCGUCACGGGCCUGCGUAACCUGGGCAACACCUGCUACAUGAACUCCAUCCUCCAGGUGCUCAGCCACCUGCGCAAGUUCCGUGAGUGCUUCCUGAACCUCGACCCGUCCAAGACGGAGCAGCUGUUUCCCAGGGCCGCCAACGGCAAGGCCCCGCUCGCGGGCAGGCCGGCCGGCAGCUCGGCCACCGAACUGUCGCCCAGGAGCCACGGGGCCGAGGCCUGCGAGCUCGAGGGCCUCUGCUUGAAUGGCGGGGCCUCCCUCAGCAGGAGCCUAGAACUCAUCCAGAACAAGGAGCCCAGCUCGAAGCACAUCUCCCUCUGCCACGAACUGCACACCCUCUUCCGCGUCAUGUGGUCCGGGAAGUGGGCCCUGGUGUCGCCCUUCGCCAUGCUUCACUCGGUGUGGAGCCUGAUCCCCGCCUUCCGCGGCUACGACCAGCAGGACGCGCAGGAGUUUCUCUGCGAGUUGUUGCACAAAGUGCAGCAGGAACUCGAGUCCGAGGGCACCAAGCGCCGGAUCCUCAUCCCCUUCUCCCAGAGGAAGCUUACCAAACAGGUCUUAAAGGUGGUGAACACCAUAUUUCACGGGCAGCUACUCAGCCAGGUCACAUGUGUAUCAUGCAAUUACAAAUCCAAUACCAUCGAGCCCUUUUGGGAUCUGUCCCUGGAAUUCCCUGAACGCUAUCACUGCAUAGAAAAGGGGUUUAUCCCUUUGAAUCAGACUCAGUGCCUGCUCACUGAGAUGCUGGCCAAGUUCACAGAGACAGAGGCCCUGGAAGGGAGAAUCUACGCUUGUGACCAAUGUAACAGCAAACGACGAAAAUCCAAUCCAAAACCCCUUGUUCUGAGUGAAGCUAGAAAGCAGUUAAUGAUCUACAGACUACCUCAGGUCCUCCGGCUGCACCUUAAAAGAUUCAGGUGGUCUGGCCGUAAUCACCGAGAGAAGAUUGGGGUCCAUGUCGUCUUUGACCAGGUAUUAACCAUGGAACCUUACUGCUGCAGGGACAUGCUCUCCUCUCUUGACAAAGAGACCUUUGCCUAUGAUCUCUCCGCAGUGGUCAUGCAUCACGGGAAAGGGUUUGGCUCAGGACACUACACAGCCUAUUGCUACAACACAGAGGGAGGUUUUUGGGUCCACUGCAAUGACUCAAAGCUGAAUGUAUGCAGUGUCAAGGAAGUGUGCAAAACUCAAGCCUACAUCCUUUUUUACACUCAAAGAACAGUUCAGGGCAAUGCAAGAAUCUCAGAAACCCAACUCCAAACUCAGGUGCAGUCCAGCAACAACGAUGAGGGCAGACCACGGACCUUCCCCUGAAUGGGAGGCACGUAUCAAAGACUGGCUUGCUUUUAAACUAUUGGUUUCUAUACAUAUUUCCUCGUAUAGGAAAUAAGGUUUACUGCAGGAACAGAUUACUAGUUUGCCUCACUGGGUCUAGAGCAGAAGAUGCCGGGUGACUCAUGUGCUAUCAUAAAAUUUGUAGCAACUUUCUUUUAAAUGGGUUUAGAAAUUCCCUCCUUCGUUAAAACAAAUCAAAAGGAGUAACUUCUAUGAAGACUCUUUCAUCAGUUGCUUCUGAAUAUAGAGGGAUCUGGGUGGAGGAAAGAGGGAGUAAAUUGGUCAUAUCCAGCCAUGUUCUUGCUAUUACAUGAUUCCCCUGCUAAUCAGGACUCCUUGCAGCACCAGAAGAACCCUCCUGAUGUGAGCAGCCCUCGACAGAGCACGCAAGGAGGGGCCCUGGGCUGGCAGCUUGCUGGAUAGGAUUGGUUCCAAGGCAGGAGGUGAAGUCUAAGGAUUUUUUCCUAUAAAGGAAGUAGCCCUCAAGGGUUGAAAGUCUGCAGACUUCCUUUUUUAGGGGAUAGCAGUUGAAGAGUGGAAUGAGAUGCAUGGAGGAAAUUUCUCCAUGUGAAAUGGGAGGUUUUUCAUGUGUCAUACUCUCCCUGGCUGCUGCUGUCAUUUAAUCAUACCACAUCUUCUGAGGUGGCAUGAACAUCCCUUCAUUCUAAAGAAGGAGCAGUUCACAUGGGGAAGCAAGAAACUGGUACAUGACAUGUUCUUUGUGGUACACUGAGCCUAAGGGCACUCCUGGUUACCUAGUUCUGUAGCAAAUCCCUGGUUCAGGUCUAGGGCAAGCACAUAGUUUGGUUUAAAUUGGUCUUUGGGUCAGUUGUCUGAGGCCUUCUCAGAACUCAGUUAGGGGGUGGGGGUGGGGGGAUAGCCAGUGGUCCAGGGCUUAUCUAAAUGCCUGUCACCCACUUCACCUUGGUGCAGCAUGCAGCUUUUUUUAAUCUGCAGCUUAUUUCCUGUUCACAAGAUGUGGGAGCUUUUGCUUUUCUAAGGCUUAGGAAUCCUCCUCCUGUAUGUCUGAACAGUUUAUUGUUGACAGCCCUGGCCUGUUUCCUCCAAAAUCUGCUAAUCCCUACUGUUUCUUUACCCACCCACACUCAGUCCAUCAGAGAAGAAAGCAAGAGUGCCCUGUCCUUAACUCCAGUGCUAGUAAAAUAUAUCUUUCUUUUUUAAACUGGGUCAGUUUCUAAGUGGCAUGAAAUUGCCCAGAUAGAAACUCUCUGCCCUAUCAGGCACCACUGAAUUUCCCUUUUCAGUCCUUCGCUUAGACUCACUAGUAAAAGUGAAUGCAAACCGUAACUCUCACUGUGGGAGUGCUGCAGCCUGCCUCAGCCUGUCACUCUGAAUGCUCAUCUUUUGACUGAGUAUGUCAUAUUAACAUUUCAAUUCAGGUAGAAGUACAGUUGCCACCUGAAGAGGAUAGAUGUGAAGGGAGUUUGGGGAGGGAUGGGAAGUUGGGAAAAGAAAGGCUGAAGAAUGAGAGCCAAAGGUUUAGCGAUGUUGAGGAACCACAUUUCCCGAGAUCUGUAGCAUUUGCUGUUGACCUCUUUUGAGAUGAAUUCUCCCAUAGGACCUGCCAGACAGCACUGAGACUUGGAGGAAAUCAGACAGAAAAUGGCUCACCCUGAUAAGGAAGAGGAGUGACUAUAUUUUAAAUUAAACUUGCUUUUUCCAACACUGUGAGGUUUCUGUAAUAUUUAGCUUUUAUUUGGAAGCGAUAGCGUAUGGCAUUUUUUAUGCUAUUUGGUUUGUAUUGUCUACUGCAGGCUUCUUUGUACAAGCUUGGCCCGGGCUUACCCUCACCUGGACACUGUUUUAAAGUGUCACAGCUGCCCAUGCUGUCAGAGGCUCUGACGUGAGGCUGUAUCCCCUAGAUCCACAUUUUUAAGUUGGCAUGAUUGGUUGAUGACUUUUUGUGGCAAGAGAAAAGCGCAUUAACUCAAAAAAACCCAAGGAGAGUAAAAAGGGAAAGAAAAUAUAAAUUGUGCCUCAUCUUUCAUUGAAUGCUAUAUUUAUUAUUCUAGAAAAAGAGAACUUACAAAUGGAGAAGUACUAAUAGAGCAUCUACUUCAUCCCUCAGGCUGUCCAGGGGAAAACAAGAAAAACAAACAUCUAAUAGAAAAUUAAAAGAUCUUCAAAUUUAAUUCUUAAAAAUAAUUUUAUACCAAGUAUUAAGGAUUAUUAAGCAAAGGACUCUGUAAAAUAAGUGCUUAACUUAGCUGAGCACACAUUGUAUCAAAUUAACAAAAUCAUUUAAAAUGAGUUGGAAUAGAAACCAAUACCAGAGUCCUCAGUGAGCUGCACACACUUGAAGGUGCCACUGCAGUGAGACACCUCAGGUACCCAGAGGCAGCAGCACUAGACGCUGUUGAGAAGUUAGUAUUUAUGGAGAUUUUAAUUAAAGAAAAGAGUUUCCUGCUGCAUAAGCCAAUGGCUGUUGUGAGGGAAAUGUCCCUUUGCCUUUAAUUUAUUACAUACUGGAAGUAGAUGAAUUUCUUAGUUGCAUCUUACUUUAAGUCGAAACAUUGUAAGGAGAAGAAAAUAAGAACCGGGUAGAAGUUGACUAGAUGCUGCCAAAUCAAACCCAAGAUCUCCUAACUGAACCUUACGAGCCUGCUUCUUUCCCAGACAAGUAGUUGGAGUCCCGUUCUAGGAACCCUUUGUAGUUGGCUGGUGUGUUUACUUUUUGCUGUAGCCAGCCAAGAUGAAUGCACCCUGGCCCCUCAAAAAGGAUUUUACCUCAGUCUAGCUUGACCCUCAUACUUGUGGUUGCCUCUGACAGCAUCCAUGCUAGUGUUUUUUUUUUAAAAAAAAAAAAAAAAAAAAAAGAUUAGGAAUGCCCUCAAUGGCCAGGAACUGAAGCUCUUAAUUAAAGGUGGGCAGACCUCUUGCCUGCUUUCAUCCAGUCCCUCUUAGGCUGAUGGGGGCAGUGCCACACUGUAAAGAAUUUCCAGAUGUCUCUUACAAUGUCAUGAAUAAAAUUGGAAACUACAGAAGUGUUAAUGUGUCCUAUGGACUCAAUAGCAGAGUUUAUUUUUGUUUUUAAUGGCAAGGCUUCUAGAGUCAGUGAUUGUAUGAGUUCCCUGCUCAGGCUAUGCUUACAGUUCCAUCAAAGUGCAAGAACUAAUGAGGUGGGUUGGCUGGAAGUGGAGCAUGGCCCUAGCCAGGUCCCAGCAUAAACACAAGAGAGGUCAACAGUAGUACAGAAUGAAAACUUGG